AUGCUUGAGAAAGAAGCUAAGGAUUUAUGGCGCAACACUGUCAAGAGAUUUGAUGAGGAUGGCAUUGAAGUGACUUGGGAACUUUUCCGUGAUGCUUUUCUGGAGAAGUAUUUUCCAAAAGAUGUUUGUGGAAAGAAGGAAAUUGAAUUCCUUGAGUUGAAGCAGGGUAAUGGUACCAUAGCUGACUCUGCUGCAAAGUUUGAGGAGUUGAUCAAAUUUUGUCCCCAUUACAAUACUGUUAAUGUUGAGAUAUCCAAGUGUCUUAAGUUUGUGAAUGGCUUGAGACCUGAUAUCAAGAACGCAAUGGGUUGCCAACAGAUUACGAGAUUUUCUGAGUUGGUUAACAAGAGUAGGAUCUAUGAUGAGGAUAGUCGUGAGAGUGUUGCUCACUACAAGUCCUAUGAUGGUAAGAAGAAAGCUGGUGAUGGCAAGAAGCCGAGUGAGGGAGGAUCUCACACUCCUGUCAAGUGCUUCAGAUGUGGUGUUGAGGGAAAUCGUGCUCCCGAGUGUCCUAAGGGCGAUAUGACUUGUUUCAAGUGUGGCAAGCAAGGUCACAAUUCUUUUGAUUGCAGAGUUGGUUCGAAUGUGACUUGCUAUAAUUGUGGUGAGCAAGGGCACAUUAGUACCAAGUGCAACAAGUCGAAGAAGGAGCAAGCCAAAAGGAAAGUGUUUGCAUUGUCCGGUGUUGAUACUUCUAUUGAGGAGAGAUUGAUUCGAGGUACAUGCUUUAUUAAUAAUAUGCCUUUGAUUGCUAUUAUUGAUACGAGUGCGACACAUUCUUUUAUUUCUUUGUAUUGUGCUAAGAGAUUGAAUCUUGAAUCAUCUGUUAUGCGUGGAACCAUGGUUAUUGAUACUCCGGCUAUGGGUUAA